GUCUUACUUCCUUUUCUGCUUCUUCCUUAAUAUCCCUUUUAGACCCUCUUUCCCAGAGCAAGUAAAUCCAAGUAUUUGAUUCUUUUCUAAUCAAAAUUCCUCCUUUUCAUCUUUAUGUGAAAGAAAGAGCAGAUGAUGAUGAAACAAGCCUAAAGUUAAUUAAUUUGAUACUUGUUUUACUGUCCUUGCUAUAUAUAUGCCCUAUAUAUAGUCUCUCUGGAUAUCUGAAUAUAACGAUUCACACAGAGAGAGAGAGGUGGGCAAUAGAGUGAGGUAUGUGUGGUAAGAAGGAAGAAGAACAAGGAGAGUGUUCACAGAGUUUACAAAACAUUCAAAGCUUCCAAGAACAAUUACUUCUUCAACAACAUCAUCAACAGAUGCAACAACAAAACAGUGAUCCAUUUAUAGGUGGUGGUGGUGGUGGAGGAAGGUCAGGAUUGAUCUUCCCAGAAGUCUCUCCAAUCCUACCAUGGACUCUUCCUCCGGUUCACAGCUUCAACCCGGUCCACUACCCAACCAACCCGGUCCGUGAUCAUGACCCAUUUCUUCUUCCUCCACCACCACCAUCGUAUGGAGGUUUAUUCAACAGAAGGCCAUCUGGUCUACAAUUUGGAUAUGAAGGUCCAUCAUCAGACCACCUCAGACUCAUGUCCGACACAUUUGGUCAGGUGGUUCAACCCGGUUCAGCUCCUUUUGGUCUCCAAGCUGAGUUGCAGAAGAUGACUGCUCAGGAGAUCAUGGAUGCCAAGGCUCUUGCUGCUUCCAAGAGCCACAGUGAAGCUGAAAGGAGACGAAGAGAGAGAAUCAACAACCAUCUUGCCAGGUUGCGUAGUUUACUACCCAGCACCACCAAAACGGACAAAGCUUCAUUGCUGGCUGAAGUGAUCCAACAUGUUAAGGAGCUUAAGCGUCAGACUUCAUUGAUAGCUGAAUCAAGUCCAAUCCCGACUGAGAUGGACGAGUUAACAGUCGAUAAUGCAUCUGAUGAAGAUGGUAAGUUUGUGAUCAAAGCCUCAUUGUGCUGUGAAGACAGGUCAGAUCUCUUGCCUGACCUAAUCAAGACCUUGAAAGCCUUAAAAUUAAGAACCCUAAAAUCUGAGAUCACUACACUAGGUGGGCGUGUUAAGAAUGUGUUAUUCAUCACUGGGGACGAAGAUUCGAACAGCGAGGAUCAACAACAGCAGCAGCAGCAGCAACAACAAUACUCCAUAAGUUCAAUACAAGAAGCACUUAAAGCAGUCAUGGAGAAAACCAAUGGUGAUGAGUCUUCUUCCGGGAGUGUUAAGAGACAAAGAACUAAUAUCAAUAUCCUUGAGCAAAGAUCUCUUUAACUUAGAAAGACCCAACUUUUUCUAAAUAAUGUUCUUUUCGGGUGUGCUUUUUUUGGGGGUGUUUUUGUUUUUACUAUUUAGGAACUAUAAUAUUGUGGUGUCCUUUAUAUAUUUAUCAUGACUUACUGGGGAAAGAGGGAGAGGCGAUGAGAGAGAGAGUGGAUUGUUUGUUGUGGGGAACUUGGGGUUCCAAUCUUCUCGUGCUUCGUUUGUAUGUGCAUAAUGCUGGUUAGAGAGAGAGAGAGAGAGAGAGUUGGUUUGUUGGGGGAAAAAAGAGUGAAGGAUCUUUUUCGUGGGGAGAGAAACCUUAUAUCAAAACCUAACAUAGAAUUGGGGACUUUCGAUUGCUUUUCUUGAACCGGUUUGGACGCAAACAUGCAGUUUGGGUUUGUUUUCUAGUGAUUGUACCCUUCAAAUGUCUCUAUCUCUCAUCAGACUCUGGCAUUAGAAUCAUAAGAAUGGUGAAGAUAUUCUACUUCCACCUCGACAACCAUCACCAUCUCCUUCUAAUCCGUACAGUUUGCUGUUUCUGUUCAGGCUUCCAGCUCUGGUGUCCCACAAAUAAAGAAAAAAAAAACCCAACCCUAAAGUGGCAUGCAGGUUUCAGAGUCACGAGAGCUUGUGAUGGACUGUUUGUGGGAAGCUUGUAUAAUGUAUAUAUUACUUCAUAUCUUUGUUUUUCUUCUAUUUCUGGUCUCUUUCUCUCACUUUUUUUGGUUUCUUUUUUUCCAUGUUUUUGCUUGUCUGGUUUCUUGGUGUAAUGGGUUUAUUUCAUGAAGGGUAUGCUCUAUAUCCUCUGGUUGAGGGUUUGCUAAAUCAAAUAUUAUCCAAGUAUUAAUUCACUUGUCAUGGAAGCCUGAAUUGUCUACUGUAUUCCUAGUAGAAGAAAUUCAUCUGCAUGCAUAUCUGCAUGAGUAUGUGUUAUGCUGUUAUAUUAAAACAGUGACAUUCUUUUGAUUUUGAUGUCAGUGCACCUAGUCUUUCGAAUUGUAAGAAUUGUAAGAAAUGCGAUUUAUAUUAUUUGGAUCUAAAAAUUUGACUUAUUUUG